GGAAAAUUCUAUAAGUUCUCCUUUCUCCGAAGCGCUAACAUGGCUUGACAUCGACCACAAGGAUGUUUCUGUUGCUUCUCAGUACACUACUGUUGUAUUGGUCCUCAGCAGAAGAUUUAGACGACGAAAACUGUUUGUAUGGCAUAUGUCAAACAGCUACGGCACCAAAUCUAACAAUAGAACCCUUUGGAAGUGGCAGAUGUACGGGCGACGACGCUAUCAUAGAUCAUAUUUUGAAUGGCUACAACAAUUUGGAAUUACCGGGUGGUGGGCAUGUACGGGUUUCCGUCGAGAUCUGGGUACAAGAAGUUUCAAAAAUCAUAGAAAUUACCUCGGAAUUCGAAUUGGACAUUUAUGUAACGGAACGUUGGACUGAUCCUGCCCUGGCUUACGCCCACUUAAAUCCGUGCAAAAGUAACAUGUCAGUGGACGGACGCACAAUACUAGAAAAGAUAUGGAAUCCACAUGCUUGCUUUGUGAACAGCAAACUGGCAAGUAUCCACACAAGCCCGUUCAAGAAUAUCUUCCUCCAAAUCUACAGCAAUGGGAGUAUAUGGCACAACUACCGUAUCAAGCUAACUGGACCAUGCUCUAACACAUUACGAACAUUUCCUAUCGACCAACAAAGGUGCAUGUUAUUCUACGAGAGUUUCACGCAUAACCAUGAUCAGGUGGAAAUGGAAUGGAUCGACACAGUGCCUCCUAUCACGAUUUUGAAAGGUAACAUCACACUCCCUGAUUACGUACUAGUGGAUUUCUCAGCAAGCAGUGAGCUAAGACUGUAUCCACCUGGGAUAUUCAAUGAGUUGAUAGCUACUUUCACUUUUCAACGCUUAUACGGUUUCUAUAUCUUACAGGUCUACGUUCCUGCCUAUAUCUCUGUAUUCAUAUCUUGGGUUUCUUUCUACCUCGGUGCCGAGCAGAUACCUUCGCGAACGACUGUCGGCGUCAAUUCACUACUUGCUUUAACGUUUCAGUUUGGAUCCGUUGUGAACAAUCUACCCAAAACAAGUGAUGUAAAAGCCAUCGAUGUAUGGAUUCUCAGCUCUAUGGCAUUCAUAUUUGCUUCGCUCAUUGAACUUGCUGUUGUUGGCUAUCUUUCUAGAGAUGGUCACCAUACGACUAUAAAGUGCCGCUGCUCUUGGAUGUGUACGAAAUGUCGAGAGUGGACGGCAAUGAAACUCGAUACGGCAUCAUCGGUGAUAUUCCCUACUUGUUUCUUUUUCUUUAAUAUCUGGUACUGGUUUGUGUUUCUCGGGAAUCUGCUUGCUGCACCGGGGAUGCGACCAAGGAGCUGAUUUCACACUGUCUGUGGUUGUCUUUGAUUCAACAGUCGCUUUCCAUUCUUCCUUGAAAAGUCACAAGAACUGCUACAUGGUGAUAUCUCUUCCAUCCAGGUGCCUUGUGAUCCGAUGAGUGAUUUUAGGUCUUGCUUAAUGGGUGUUUAUUUGAUGUUAUUCUUUUGUUAUCAAUUACGCAGCGUAUAAAGAAUCAAACUGUG